UCAAGAUAAUAGCAAGUAGGUGAUGAGGAUAUUAACAAUAAAUCUAUUUAUUUGACAGUAACAAAUCGACUGUUCAUUAUUAAAUUGUGUUAUUACUUAUAUUUAAAAAAAGCAAAGAGACUAAUAUGAAUAAAACAAAAGUAUAGUCUGAUUAAAUCAACAAGUAAAGCUAUUAUAUGGAUGUGUAAAUAAUAUGUAAUUAAUGAUAAAAUAGAAAUAGUGAUAAUUGAAACUACACUUUUUUCUUGAUGUGUGUGUUCUAUGAAAAAAGAAAUACUUUAUUAUCAUAUUAUUUAUUUUUAUCCAAUUUUAUGAUUACUUAACCGAUUGAAUGUAGGAUAAAUAAAACCUGGAAUUAGACAUCGCGUAUCUAUGCAAUAAACAUUAACUAAUCUCAAACUCUUAUUUUUACGCAACUACAACAAGGUUUAAGUGAGUAGGCACCUAGGUAAUAAGGCAUGAGCAUGAAUAGAUUAUUUAAAUCACAAACAUCACUUAAAACCUGAAAAGAAACGGCUUCUGGGUGUUUCAUUUAAUUUAGUUUGUAUUUUUGUAAGUAGUCAAUUUAAUAUAUUUUAAGAGUAGGCAUAAUUCUUGAUAUUAUUAUCAUUUGCAAGCAUUGUUGGGCUAUAUCACAGGUUAUGGUUGACUAGUUGUCGUGAUAUGAAUAUUAAAAUAUGUAAAUCUUGUAGACGUCGUUAUAUUACGAUGUUUAUUGGUAUGGGAAUGGGCCUUUAACCAUAUGCUUGAAAUUCAACAUUACAUUACCUAUUUAUUUAAGUUUUGCUUGAUUUCGGUACGAGGGUUGAGGAUGGAUUUGGGUAUUUUUCUUUGAACCCUGGAGUGAUACUAUCGGUGCAGUUUUUCUCAAACUAUUCAACGUGUGCCCUGCAAGACGGAGAUACAAAUUUCUUUACACCACCAAAUUCUACAAUAUUACUGUUGAACAAUCAAACGAAUAAAGUGGAAGCAUGCAGGAUGUACGGAAACGACACCAUAGUUGAGUGCGAAUCUUGGGUUUACAACAAAAAGUAUUAUACGUCGUCCCGAGCCAUCGAAUGGGACUUCGUUUGCAGCCGGCGAUGGAUGGGAGCGUCUGCGCAGACAGCUUAUAUGUUCGGAGUCGUCGUAGGCUCCCUAGUGCUCGGCAGGAUGUGUGACAAGUUCGGAAGAAAAACAGUGUUCGUGUCUGCGGGAGUCUUACAACUAGUAUUUGGGGCCGCUGUAGCAUUUACAACAGAAUAUUACACUUUUGUUGUUAUCAGAUUCCUGUACGGUAUCUUCGGAUCCGGGUCUUAUAUUGCCGGAUUUGUGCUAACCAUGGAGCUAGUUGGUCCAUCUAAACGCACAAUCUGCGGCGUAACUUUCCAAAUAAUGUUUGCAGUCGGCAUAAUGCUUCUGGCAGCUUGGGGGUAUCUCAUAGACAACAGAUUUUAUUUACAAAUAGUUUACGCGCUUCAUGCUGUCAUUUUACUCCCACAUUGGUUCUUAAUGGAUGAAUCUCCUAGGUGGCUUUGGGCCCAGGGCCGCGCUCGUGAGUCAGUGGCCAUCAUAGAGAAGGCGCUUAAAAUGAACAGAUCUAUUGAAACUGUAGACACGCCUCAGCUAGUCUCCCACUGCAAAGCGACGUGUGCUAAAUACACUGACGAACACUCAGCUGGGACCUCCGACUUGUUCAAGACUCCAAACAUGCUAAAAAAAUCCUUAAUCAUUUGUGGUUGCUGGUUCGCUAAUUCUGUUGUGUAUUAUGGUCUGUCUCUUAAUACCGGUAAACUAGAAGGCAACCCAUAUUUUAUAACGUUCUUGAUGGGAGUAGUAGAGUUGCCUAGUUAUGUCAUCAUAGUAUACUUUUUGGAUAGAGUCGGGCAUAGAGCGCUUAUUAGCACUAUGAUGUUACUAGGCGGAAUUUCCUGCCUCGUCGUAGCCGCGCUGCCUCACGGAUCUACGUCAACGACCGGUAUCGUCAUGGUGGGAAAACUGUUUAUUUCUGGUUCAUACUCCAUAAUUUACAAAUACUCAGCUGAACUUUUCCCUACCGUAGUUCGAAGUUCCGGCGUAGGACUUGGCAGUAUGUGCGCGAGUGUGUCAGGCGCAUUAACACCAUUAAUCUCUUUACUCGACAGUCUAAACCCGAAGAUCCCAACUAUCAUAUUUGGCUUUUUGGCCCUGCUCUCUGGAGCUUCUACGUUCUUCUUACCCGAAACUGUCGGACGGAAUCUGCCGCAGUCGUUGGAGGACGGCGAGAGGUUCGGCGUUGGUGACACAUGUUUCACGAAUUGUAGCGGCAAGCGAAUGAGCGAAGCUUCUAUCGAUUUACCAGAAACUAUGGUUCCCCUAGAAACUAUUGAAAAGAACUAAUAAUUACAAUCAUAAUCGAUUACAAUAACCUUGCCACAACGCUGUCUAAAAAUUAGGCGUAGUUUAGAUUGUACAUUUUUUAUUGUCUUGGUUUCUUAAAAGUUAGUACCUACCUACUAACUAUUGUCUCUCCUUACGUAUUUUUUGUUAGGCAGAAGAGGUAAUGCACAAUAAUUAUAAGUAACUGACAGACUUUACAGUAUCAAAUACUACUUAUGGGUUAUGGGUGAAGUAUCUUUUUACGUUUACUUCAUUGUAGUCAUUUUACAUUAGAUAUUAUUAUUAUUAAAUAUCUAGUCAAUGUUAAGAUACAUUCAUUGCCGCUUAUCUGACAGUAACAACGAUUAAAUCAUGUUUGUGAAAUUCGUUCACGUGGCAAUGAUAAUUUAUUACAGUGCAUUUAUUUUAAUAAAAUGACUGAUUUAAAGAAAAGUGUAACGGCCCAGUGUAGUUACUUUUAAAUGGUUUCUACUAAAACCUGAACCUUCUGCAGUUAAUGUGCAGAGUUUAUAUGUUGCUUUCCGUCAGCGAAGGGCCCUUAUGCUUCAUGUGUAUAUUAAAGGACCUUUCCUUCAGAAAAAAAUCAAAAGGAUAUGGAGCGUAAACACCUAUUUCGGACGGAAAGUUCUUUAUGCAUAUAAAGCAUAAGGACCAUUAUCUGAUAGAUAGCCACAUAUACAUAUAUUUUUAGAUCUUGCUUACAAACAAUUUACAACUGUUAUUAUAGCUCGUGUGUUCUAUUUCUGUUACGUUCUUGUAUUGUUAUAUUUGUAUAGAUACACGGAGUUUUUUAAAAGUCCGCGUUUAUGUCAAGCAAGGGUGCAUCCCUGAGCAUAAAUUAAGUAAGUUUCUCAAAGAAACCGGUAUUCUUUUGUUUUUAUCUGAUAAGACCCCUACGAGCGUGUACGCUUCUUCGAUCAAUAUUAGAAAUGUUAUUAUAAUAUUUCAUAAUUCUCAAUUGUUUGGUGGAUUUAAAUGUCCGUGUUGCAAUAACGCUAUUAAUUCCUUUUAAUCAAAAAUAAAGUAAUAAAAUUAACUAUGCCAUUCAGUUUCCUUAAAUGUACUUAGUCAUAGAAGUUAACGGAGUUUAAAAAAAAACACCGUGUAUAACAUUUAAGAUUUUAAUCUACUUGUAUAGGGUAUCUAAUGUAUGUAUCUCAACAAAUUACCUACAUACGUUGCGUAUACUUAACCAAAUAAUAAACAAUUCACUAGAUUUCCAAUAUUUUCCACGUACUCGUAAUUAUAAAACAGGUUGAUGUGAUUUGAGAAAACUAUUAUGCCUAAUUACGUGCUUAUAAUAAUCCCUACAAUGAUUGGCAUAGGGGUAAGUAUUAUAAGCAUUAUGUAUCUAUAUAGAUAAAAAAACAUUCUUACCCAAAGCCAUCCCAGUGUUUGGAUAUAUGCUUCAUAUUCGAAAUUUGCAACAUGUUUGCCCAACUCAUUAGUUUUUUUAGCUAAGAAAUUUGAUUAAUUCUGUCCACUUAAUUUAACUUUCAUGAAGGUUACAAUUUAGAUUAGAUAUACUUAGUUGACAAGGUCCUACAAGAAAGAGGUUUCAUUUUUUUAUCUAUAUCAAUAAUAAUACCUACUUAUAAUACCUAUUAUAUUCUACUCAUGUUCGAACAGAUAGCAAAAUUGUAACUAAUAAAACUCUCAAGUACCUAAAACUAAGUAAUAAUUCUUAAAUUAUAACGAAAAACUCAAUGUUACAUUACAAAAUUGUGUGAUAUGAUACGUAUUAUUAAUUAUUUACAUAUCUGUCCAAUAAUUACAGUGCCUACAGAGUACCUUGUUGAUAUUAUAAGUUAGUAAAGUACUUGCCACCCUAUCAGUGACGGAACAUCAAACAUGACCGCUCUAUCUUCUCACCUGAAGGUGUAGAAGGUUGCUCAACUAGUUCAUACUAAACUAUGCAUGCCAGUAAUGACUGAGUUUUAUGAGCACCUCGCUACUGCGACAUGACCGCAUAAAAUGUAAGUACAAGAACACACGCACACGUAAAUGUUAAUAAUCAUGAUGCAAGAAAGCUAGAAAGGAAAUAUUUAUAUUAAGACUAAUCAUACUUUUGAUAAAUAUUACAAGACUGCGACUUCACAUAAAACAAGUCGUUAAGUAGAUAUAAGUGUAAAGUAAUACAGGGAUCAUAUAAGGUUUUCUCAAGAGAUACUAAAUAGUCAAAUAUCGAAAAAACUAAGUAUAUUACUUAUUACCUACUUCAAAAUUAAUGCGAGAAGCCAUGCACUCUAGGACUUAUUUGCACAUAAUUUUAUAAACUAAAUAUUUCUUUUCACAUCUCUUAAGUUGAAUCUCUUGUACGUUAAUAAAUUAAAAGGUACUUUCUAAUAAUAUGUCUUAUAGUCGACUUAAAUUUUUAACGUACUACAUAGUACUGUGUUUAGUUUCUGGCAGAUUGUUAACGUCGUUGCUAGACAAUGUUAGGAGCUUCGAAGUAGAACUAAUUAGUAAUAUCUGGAUAUACAAUCGAAUUGUAUACGUUUUGUAAAAUAUUUAGUAUAUAAUACGUGAAGGAAGGGUUGGAAAGAUUCGCAACACUUCAUUGGCUUCUGUAACUCAGUUGGUUAAGAGCGACGCACGGAUUGCAAAGGUCGCAGGUUCAAGUCCUGCAAGAAGCGGUGUUUUUUUUUUUCAUUUUUAAUAUAAAAGUUUUUAAAUGUAUAAUAUAGUUAGGAACCUAUUGUUUAUCCAUAAGGCAAGGUGGGGUAAGACUAACACCGGGACAAGACAAACACUUGUAUGGAAUCCCCAAAUCCCCAUACUCUUCGUCUUGUCCCAAGCAAAAUAAGCUAUGUUCGUCUUAAGGCGCAGGGUAGGGCAAGACAUUCUCCAUACAAACCUUGUGCAAGUUUUAUUCGUUAGUUUUGGAACUAUAGCAUUUAAUUUCAUUUUUUGCUUGUAUAUAUUGAAUAUACGCAGAACUUGAUGUAGAAAUUUUUCCUUAUUAAAAAAAAUACAACAAAUAAUUUAAAAAAAAAAUACAUCAAGCCCUAGCUAACAGAAAAAUAAGCAUAUUUACCAAAAAUAAUAAGUGUAGCGCAAACACAAACGAAGAAAAACGCACACAAAGUGUGUAUGGAAAGAGCUUACCCUACCCUUCGCCUUAACCCACCUUACUUAAUUUCCCAGCGUGCUUUUCAUGUGAUCAAUCCUUUGAUCGCCACGCCUAUCGUGUGCGGCGCCUCAUCGUGAACCUUGUCGGAGUGCACGAAGGUUGAUAUUGGGCUGUGGCCGCGUGUCGGUUCACGUCUUUGGCGGUCAAAAGGUUUAGGUCAUCGUAUCUUUGCUAUAAUAAGCAACAUAACUAACUUGUUUGAUUUCAGUCAUGAGGCUUUACAAACUUUAUUUUGUCAAAAUUAAUGGAUUUCAAUAAAGUUUUUUAUCACUUA